UGGGUGUUCUGCGAUGUUUGGCGGAGAGGCGCGGAGAGCGGAGGGGUCGAACUGUUGCUGUGCAGCUAUCCACUCCACUCCACGCUGCUCUGACACACCACGCUCUCCAAUCCGGCAAUCCCUCCCUCUCGGGCGGCAUGGCCGCCGCCCUCUGCCUCCCCCGCGCCGGGGCCCCGUUCAUCCUCCUCCGAGCCUCUCGUUUCGCGCCGUGGGCGGCUCCGGUGCUCCGUCGUCGACUCCUCUCCGGGCCUCCCACCGCCGGCGAGCUCCCGCCCCCGGCGCUCCCGCCGAUUUCGAAGCUCGCUGACCCGCCGGUCGUGGGGACGCCCGAGCCCCCGCUGCCGUUUAGGUCCGUGGAGGCGGAGAUCCUCCGCGAUAUCGACCCCGUCGUCCAGCUCAUCAAGGAUAUCCUCCACUCGGAGAGAUACGGAGAUGGUGAAUGUCUCUGCCCAAAGGAUGAAAAUGUCGUCGUGGAGAAGCUCCUCUCCUACCAUCCACGCGCGCACGACAAAAUUGGGUGUGGACUUGACGCAAUAAUGGUUGAUAGGCACCCUGAGUUCAGGAAGUCAAGAUGUCUUUUUGUUGUUCGCACAGAUGGUGUUUGGAUUGAUUUCUCAUACCAGAAGUGCCUCCGUGCAUACAUCCGAGAAAAGUAUCCGUCUCAUGCUGAGAGAUUUAUACGAGAACAUUUCAAGCGUACAUGACAGAAACUCAAAUCAUUUGAUACAUUGAUUUUUAUGAGUUUUGAAAUAGUUUAUGUGCAUUAUUGAGCCUCAAA